AUGGUGAGUCCCCGCCACCGCUCACUUGCUGCUUCUCCUGACCUCCUCCUCCAGCUCAUCUUUGGCAACGAAUCUGCCAAGGGGAGCAAGAAAUCCAAGUCAACUGCCAUCAAGCAACGGCAGCUGCAUGCUGCUGCUGACCCCAACAGAGAGAAGGUCUCGGGCACCAGCAUCUUCAUCCCUACCUUCUCUGAACCAGAAUCCAUCCGCCUCCCUCGCCUCCCCACCCCAGACCAGCGCGCCGACCCCCAACGAGACAACCUGAGGGCCAACCCGUACGGCCUGCAGACACACCGAGGAGACUUCGGGAGGAGGGAGGAGCAUCGGGCUAGCGACGAGGAGAACAGGCACGAGAACCGGAGGCCGCGGAGCUCGUCUCCUCGGGACAUGCAUUCCGAUCGGUCGAGCGACGUCGGGGAGCCGUUGGACGUGCGGGAGGAAAUUUCGAACCUGUCGCGAGCAGACGGGCGAGCAUGGGAGGAGUCUGAGUACGAGAACCUGAAAGAUCCCAUCCUGCAAGGGUUCAGGGACGUUCGGUUCCAGUGCCAGGUGCUGAAGAAGAAGGAAGGAAGCAGGGAGUUCGCGGCAGAGCACAAGAAUCUCGAGGGAAAGCUUGCCCGGCUGGAGAAGCAGGUGAUUCUUCGCAAGCACAAGGAGGUAAAGAAAGACUCGGGGGCGCUGCAGCGAAACCUCAAGGAAGCUAGAGAGCAGAUGCAGGUCCUUGCGUCUACUUUCCUCCCUCCUCCUCUUUCUCUCCUGGCAACGAUGGCGCAAGCAGCGGAUGACGUCAUCAUCCUGACGCAGAAACUUCAAGACGUGGAGACGAAAUACGCGCAAUGCAGAGUUGACAAAGACCACCUGGAAAGAAGUUUCAACGUGGAGAUGGAAGUCCUGAGAAAGCAGAUCCACGAGCUCGAAGACUCUCUAUCCUCCUCCCGCUCGGAGCUCUCGGGCUCCCUCGCCAGGCUGAAGGAAGCGAAGGAGAAGGCGGCGGCGGAGGAGAAGCAGAGAAAGGAGGCGGAGGCUUCCUACCGGAUGAUGGAGGAGGAGGGGGAGAAGAAGAGUCAAGAGAUGAGCGCGCUGAGGGUGGGCAAGUCAAACUUAGAGCGGCAGCUGAUGAGCCUCGAGAGCGAGCUCGAGAACGAGCGCGUGAGGGUGAAGAUGGAGGAGUCGCGGCAUCAGCUGGAGAGGGAGAGGCUGUUGGAGAGGAGCAGGGCUCUAGAGGAGGAGCUGGCAGCUGGCCGUCUGCUGGGGGCGGAGGUGGAGGUUGUUGCCCUCGCUGUCAAGAGGAGCAAGCUGGAGGUGAAGAGCUACCAGAAGCGACUUGAGCUGGCGGAAAAGCAGCUGGAGGAUGCAAACAAGUCAAAGAUGGAAGCGAUGAGCAAUGCUCAGCAGGCCAGCCUCCUAGCCAAAGAGGAGGCGAUGUCGGCGUUGCAGGAGGAGAUCUCAACCCUGAGAAAGCAGCUGGAAGGGGUGAGGGAGGAGAAGGCGGAGGCUGCAAGGAGAAGUCAGGAGGACGGGAAGAGGAUGCAACAGGAGAUCACUACCCUCACAGAGUCAGUGGCGGAGGCGUCACGGGCAAGAUUCAAGGCACAGGAGCUGGCCCGGAAGGAGCAGGAGACGCUCUAUGAGGAGGUGAAAAAGGCGCAGGAGGACGCGGCGAGGAGCGGAAAGCAGUUGAACGAGCUCAAGGAUCAGAUGUAUGCGGAGAGAGAGACCGCGCACAAGCGGGAGAUGGAGCUGAGAGAGCGAGAGAUGAAGCUCAAGCUGCAGGUGGAGGAGGCGAAGCUGCAGGUGCAGGAGCUGCAGGCGGCGAGCGACUCGCACAAGUCGACGACAGAGAGCCUGACGGGGAAGCUAAACGAGGCGAAGAAGAGGAUCGCAAGUUUGGAAGAGAAGGAAGACGGGGAGGAGGAGCGGGCAGAGCUGCGGCAGAGGAUGAAGGAGAAGGAGAAGGAACUGACAAGGUUGCGGGCGUCGAUGUUGGAGCUGGAGGAGAGGCUGAGGGAGAAGGAGGAAGUUGUUGAGAACCUCAAGAGAGAGAUCAUGCUGGGAAGGAGAAGACAAGAGGACGCGGAGGAGCAGAUCCCGCGGCUGCGAGCAGAGAAGGAGGUGCUGCAGGGCAUGACCAACCAGCUCAUGGCCCAGCUGAUGGACAUGCGAGUUGACAAGCUGACGGCGCUCAGAGGUGAGAAAAUGACACAACAAGAGAAGCUCGAGGCCCUCCAGAGCAUGAUGGAGAAAGCUCGUCAGCAUAGCAAGGCCCUCGCCGCAAUCUCCGAUAGGCUCCCAGAAGCGAGGAGGAGCGCGAUCAGUCGCUUCCUCCAUGACCUUCAGAGCUCUCGAGCUUCAUCACGUCAGAGCAUGGCGACGUUGGGGCUGGACGACGAGGAUGCUCCCCUUUCCGAGCUGUCCAGCGUCUCUUCCUCCUCCUUCCUCCGCAAGGACUCGAGCCGGCCUGCCGAUCCCCCUCCCACAGUUCAGCAGCAGCAGAGGACACGAGCUGCCCAGGAGGAGCAACUGAGGAACGAGCGCGAACAGUUGGAGGAUGGAGUAGAGGAAGUUGUUCUGCAGGAUGCUGCGAAUUCUCGUCCCCAGGACGAAGAGAAGCAGCCUGUGGAAGAGGAGGACCACAAGCAGCAGCAGCAGCAGCAGCAGCAGCAGCAGCAAGAUGAGGAGGAUGCUCAGUUCCUUGACCGGGGGGACGGAGCCAUCAGUCCAGACUCCAACGAGGGCGACGGCAGCGCCAACUAUGACUCGACCUUCCUGCUCAGCGUUGACGGGGACAUGGAGGAGGAGAAGGAGGGAGGAGGGAGGAGCGUCGGGGAGGAGGAGGGAAGUCGUUUGCUCGCCAGCAUAUCAGUUCUGUCUGAUCAGCAGGAGGAGGGAAAAGGAGUGGACGGGAAGGAGGGGGGAGGAGAGGAGGAGACGUCACACCGCUCCAACGCAGAGGAGGAGGAGGACGCGCGGAGAGCAGCAGCAGCGGUGAAGAUUCAAGCUCGAGCACGAGGGAUGGCAGGCAGGCAGCAGGUCCGAGAGCUCCUCCUAUCUGCGAUGGAGGAGGCAGAGGGGGAGGAGGAGAGCAGGGAGGACAGUCUCAGGUCACAUGCUUCAGUGCCUGACGGAGGAGGAAGAGUGAGGGAGCUGCUGGUACCGAACCCUCCGUCAGAGUCUCGCCCAACCUCCUCCUCCUCCUUCCGGCGAGGCAGCAGGCCGAACUCAGGGACGAGGGGAGGAAGUCGACCGGGAUCAGGAUCUUCGGAGAAGCAGAAGAUGUAG